AUACCAAUCACAUGACUAACCACUCGGCGCCUAUAUAAAGGCGCCCAAAGCGCCAUUGAGCGUAGAAGCGCCCAGGUGAAUAUUUUGAUAGCAGCUGAACGUAUAAGACUAUCAAAUUCCGAAAAGGUACUGGUACAAACUUUCUCAUCAAUAGAAACUAAUUCAAGUUAUUAUUUGUUUGUAAACAAAACCACGUGUAUCAAUAAAUCAUGCUGAAAGUGAAAGUCACCCUGAUGUCUGCCGGAGAGCCAGAAAUACGACGGACGACGCUGGAAAAUGAUCCGGAUUUUGCUGAAUUAGAGAGAAAAGUGUCAGAGUUGUUCGGAGAAACGACUGGGACUUUUACGUUCCAUUGGAAAGAUGAUGAGGGUGAUUUUAUCACGAUGUCGAGUUCUGAGGAGUUUCAAGAGGCGAAUAAAAGCGCAACCGAGGAGACCCUGAGAUUUUUUCUUCGUAGAAUCGAAGAUCGUUCCAAACCGGAAGGGGACAUGAAAUUUAAUGAUGAUAAUCCUGGUAAUGAAAAGGAUACGUUGGCUCCGGAAGAAUAUGGAAUCAGGAGGAGGGAGCGCCGCCGACGUUAUUGGAGAGGAUUUGGUCAAGGUCAGGGUCCACUGCCACUUCGUAGGUUCAGACGAGCCGAGCAGCACCCGGACAAAGAUCAACCUCUCUCUGAAAGGAGGAUGCGAAGGUUUAUGCGUCGCAAAUUUGAGAAACGUGAAAGAUUUGAUCAACCUGGUGAUGGCAUCGAUCGAUUCCGAACCGGAUGUGGCAGUCGUCGGAAUCCAAUGUCCAGUGAAGGCUGCCACGAAAAGCCUGGCUCUUGUUGUCGUUGGAACGGGAACUACUGGCGUCGGAGGUGCAAUCAGCGUUCUGCCCGACAUUUUAGAGAGAGGUUGGAUGAUGCAUAUAUGGCGCGCGGUAGUUGCCGCUCAAGAAGGAGAAAUCGGGAAUGUUGCCUAGGGAAAAGAUGUGGCAAGCGAGCUAAUUCGGCUCCACCUACUCGUCGUUUUGGAAGAAAUCUUAACGAUUUCGGAAUGAUGAUGUAUGGAAAAAGAUGCACACGGUCAACAUCCGUCCCUGUGUGUAGGCAGGAAAAAGAUGACGAGAUUCAAACUUCUCCGAGAUACAGACACCGUAGAUUCCAAAAUGCAAAAAUAUGGCUCAAGAUCAAGGAAGACGGUUCUGUCUGCAAAUAUUUUAUGGAUUCCACCUGUGGAGAAGAGAAGAGGUGUCUUGGACGGCGCUGUAAAAGCUAUCAAAGAAGAGCAGCUAUGCUUGCAAAUGAAAAGUCACAGAACGUCAAUGAUCCUGCUUCCAAGAAUGAACAUAGCCAGGAGCCUGAAAUUUCAGAACUUGUUGAAACAAUGACCCUUGAGGAGGAUAUAGAGGGUACUGAAGAAUCGGAUGUAGGGACAAAGAGCAGUGAGGAGAGUAAAGAAGGCACCGAAGAAAGAGACACAGGAACAGGUGUCAGUAGAAGGAGAAAUUGCAGACACCGUCGAUAUCAUGGCGGGGAUGAUGAAACAGAUGAGAACCAAUCAGGGGAGACAAGCAAAAAGAAGUAUCACUGCAAGCACAGAUGUGGGCGCAGAAGGCACUCUGGUGAAGCCCAGGAAAACCCCGCCAUAAUCCGUGAAAUGACUGAAGAGGAUGAAAUGGAAACAAAACGACAAAGAAAAUGUAAAAUAAAGGUACACCAUCAAUCUACGGAUAGAGAUGCUUCCACAAAAUGCAGAAAUACUAAAGAACACGGCAUACGAAUCCUCACUUUGAAAGUUCGAAUGAAUGACGAUGGAAUGAGGCCCAGAAAACUAGCACGGAAACUUGACAGGAUUCUCAACCAGUACAGUGCAGAUCAAGGAAACAAACCGUGGGGAAGAAGAUGUGGACGAGAAUUCCUAGGAAGAUCACGUGGGCACGACUUCGAGCGUCAGCAUCGAAGAAUGCUGCGUCGUCAAGGAUGUCGUCAGGAAAGAGUCCGUUUUCUGUCGCCCGAAUUUCCACGCAAUAUCGGGGAGAAUAUUACAUCUUGUGGGGAGAGAAGAAUGCGUCCACGUGACUGUCCGUGGUAAAAGGCCCCCGACAAACGAAAUCGAAAUGGACGCACGUUUCCUUUUUAUUUUAAAGCUAUUACUCAGGUCUAACAUUAGGUUUUGUGUGCUUUGUUAUGGAUUUGAUAUGAAAGGUAUAACGUUAAACAUGCUGUUAUUGUAUUUUUUUUAAAAUACAUUGUAUUAGUAAAAUUAUCUACUGUUUUUCCUUGAAAAAAAGUAAAUUAAUGUUCAUAUACAGAAAUUUUGUUUUAAUAUCAACAACUGCUUGAUAGACAUUGCAGAAUAUGAAUGAUUUUUUAAAAAGAUGCAUGUGCCCUUAAUUACAUUUAAAAAUUUAUUGUGUUUAUAUAUUAAGUAACUUUGAAAUGGGUUGUUGGAUUGUUAUUAAGCUUGAUUUAGUGCUAGAAUUUAUCAAAUAUUCUUGUUUUUAACGUCACAAAUACAUCAAUGCCGUAGUACAUAGAAUUUUUUGAAGAUGUUUAUAGUUUAUAUUGAUGUUUUCCCAUCUCUUGUCUUCUUCUUGUGAAUAAGAAUUUACUAUAAUGUACCUAAUAAACGUGUUACUAGUA